AUGCCUGCGACAGCCCCCGACGCGACCGGCCCAGAGCUCCCGGGCACGGAGAACCGGGUGGAGAUCUUCAGCAUCCCCGGAAGACGCACAGUACACGGCCAGGGUUUUCCUCUAGGGAUUCAGGUCAAGAAAGGGCAAUCAUUCGUUAACAUUGAUGACGCCAUCUCCCACUUGAAGGCUUUGGCGGACAAGAACGUCUUCAACAAACUCCUAACAGACCACGGCACGAUUCUCUUCCGCGGCUUUCCGUUAAAAGACGCGGGCGACUUUUCAAAGUUCGUGCACGCCUUCGGCCUGCCCAACCUUCAUCGGGAAAUCGGUCUUUCUGGGAAACGGACCACCAUCUCAGAGACGGUCAAGACAGCCAACGAAGAGCCCCCAACCAUCCGAUUCUAUUUCCACAAUGAGUAUGGCCGGUCUGCAAACUUCCCGGGUGUGCUGUUCUUCUUCUCAGAGAAGGUCCCUCAACAAGGCGGCCAGACUCCAUUAUUGUCUUCACUGGAGUUGUAUGACAGACUUGAGAAAGAGUUGCCAGACUUCAUCAGAGACUUGAAGAAAAAAGGUGUCAUCGGGCGUCAAUACUACCCAUCAAAAGAUGACCCUAACUGGAAAAACGAUUCGUAUGGUCACGAAAUCGAAGAGGGCGACACGCUCGAGGUCCAACGCGCCAAAGUCGAAAGGUUCCUCGCCGACCAUCUCCACGUCGAGGCCGAGUGGCAACGCGACGGCUCGCUCAUUGUUCUCUCCAGGGUGCCCGCCAUCCGCAGGGUCGCCUCGACGAGCAAACUCACCUUCUUCAACGGCCUGGCGGGCGUCUUUGGCCGCAUGCGCGACCAGCAGGCUCUCGAUCCGCCGCAUCGCGGGCGCGACGGGCGCUAUCACCUGCCGACGACGUACGGCGACGACAGCGAGAUUCCACCGGAGCAUCUGGAGCGACUGCUCGAGAUUGGCGACGAGAUUCAGUUUUUGGUUCCGUGGGAAGAAGGCGAUGUGGCGCUGCUGGAUAACUACACGGUUCAGCACGCGCGUUCGCCGUGGGUUGGCGAGAGAUCGCUCCUCAUUAGCCUCUGGGAUGGGCACGAGAAGUUCGUGCCGCUGUAA